GGUUGAUUAAUCGAGCGUGGAGUCAUCGCACAUCUCCGUUCUGCCCACUCUCACUGUCCAAUUUUCUCCCAGCAGUCAGUCGCAUCCUGCCUGCGAGCUUUCAGCGCUACCGUUAGCUAGCUAAUAAGGGAGUAACGAAUCAUCUUUACUGAGGAAAUUACGUUUUGAUAUCUCAACAUGAUGUCAUUUCGCGGAAUAGUUCGUCCGGGAAAAUGAAUUUGCGUUUUUUUCCGUGCCAAAACGCCUCGGAGAAGAUAAAAUUGCCUCUGUGAAGUCCGCCUUUUUUUUUUCACUUCGACCUCGGUAACGUAGCUUGAACGGGUUUAGCAAGUCAGUUCGUUUUGACAACCGAGUGGCUCCUCUGUCCUCAACCGCCGCCGCUGAGGAGGAGGGGGGAGCGAUAUUUGGACAAAGCCAGUCAGAUGUUGGACGGUGUAAAUAUCCUCCUACCCGAGACGUUUUUCACACCGGGUUGUGAAUUAUUAAGCUGAUCAUCUGUCGUGAAAGUGCCAGGAAUAAAAGGGGGAGGAGUAGGGUCUAUUUUUGGGAGGGCGAGAGUUCGGAUCUCGCACCGGAGGAAGGAGUAGUAUCGGGAGGGGGGUGUGCGGAGGAGGAAGACCCGCAGAGAAGAAGGGACGUAACGGGGGGGAGAAAAUCCUGAUGCCAGUGAUGGCAAACGAGCCGAUCAUCCUAAACGUCUAUGAUAUGUACUGGAUCAAUGAGUUCACCAGCACUCUGGGCAUCGGAGUCUUUCACUCAGGGAUUGAGAUCUAUGGAAGAGAGUUUGCCUAUGGCGGACAUCCGUACCCAUUCUCAGGGAUCUUUGAGAUUACACCGGGUGAUGCAACUGAACUCGGCGAGACCUUUAAGUUCAAAGAAGCCAUAGUCCUGGGCAGCACCGACUUCACGGAGGAGGACGUGGAGCGGAUCGUGGAGGAGAUGGGGAAGGAGUACAAAGGCAACGCCUACCACCUCAUGCACAAGAACUGCAACCACUUCUCCUCAGCGCUGUCAGAGAUCCUGUGUGGCAGGGAGAUCCCUCGCUGGGUCAACCGCCUGGCCUACUUCAGCUCCUGCGUGCCAUUCCUCCAGAGCUGCCUGCCCAAAGAGUGGCUGACCCCGGCUGCCUUACAGUCCAGCGUCAGCCAGGAGCUCCACGGAGGAGGAGAGCUGGAGGAGGCCGAGGACGCCGCCGCCACAGCCUCCCUGGCGUCCAUGUCACCCUGCUCACCUUCCUCCUCUUCCAGCCCUUCCUCCCUGCCUCGCCAGUCCCGCCACCAGCCACGCCGGUAAGAAGCCGCAAGAGGUCUGCUGGGAAUCUGGGGGCCAGACUUGUGCUUACAGAGACUGACCCGCAGCAGCUGAUGAAUCCAGCUAUGGCCAAAUGUCCUGUCAGACUGUCCUCGAGCAAGGCGUUGAACUGCUACCUGCUCUGGGUAAGAAUGUCAGCCAAAUCUCUCACAAUGACCCAGAGCAGUGGAAGGAGCUGUUGCUGCUGCUGACGAAGGCAGGAAACUUACUCUCCUCUCUCAGUGAACAUGGCUGACGGAUUCCAACAUCCCAUCCAAAAUCCUAAAUAUUUCCCAUGAAGUCUGUUGCGUUAUUUUACCAGCCAAAUUACACUGCAGGAUGGAAACAAGGCUGGUUGUUUCCCCACCAAAGUGUUUUCGUAGAUUGGAAAAUUUGCCAGCAACAUUCAGAUUUUACCAGCACUGAGUUGGUGGAUGGUGCUACUCCCCACCUUGUCUGAAAACAAGGUCUGAUCUGUCCAAUUGCUCCGCUCCUACUUUUAAGUCAUAACUCAUAUAUAACACAGACAUGAUAAACAUAUUUUUAGAUUCAAUGUGACUUAAACUUCCAGGGUAUAUCAUCUCAGAUAUGCAUCACAAACAUCUGCUUCAAAAUCAUAGAAAAAAAGCUUCAGAACUUGCCUGAGAAUCAUCACAUUUUCAAGUUUCCUUCAAUAUGAAAGUAGUCCGGUGAUAGUUGUCUGCACCUUCAUGUGUACUUUGCAAACAGGAACUGCUAACAGCUAAUUCGGCCUGAUGUUUCGUGGUGCUAAUUUACAAAAAUGUAAACAGAUACAGGCUAAAAAUACAAGGCUCAAGUUAUACUUCCUGCUUGUCUCAGUUUUGUCUAUGGGGGGGGCCCACAGUGUCAGAAAGCCCUGCUCUAACCCUCUUCAGCAGUCAAAUAUUUGUGCUGAGUGUUUGUGUUGAAACAGGAUAACUCUUAUGACAUGUAGGCGGCUUUGUAUUUACCUCUCACUGCUCGUUUUUCACUUGUUCGGAGUUGAAAAAUCAAAUUUUGAUCAGCCAGGUGGAGCUGAGCCACGAUGGCCCGAGAGACUCGUCAAUGAAGUCAAAUAGGCCUCUAUUUAAAGCUUAAUAUCUUCUUUAGGGAACAGUUAUAUCAUCAAGACACACACAAUAAAAAAUAAAGUUAUCCUUUGUGUUUCUAGAGAGACUUUAAGGCACAGAAGAUAUAUUUUAGGGAGUCACGUAAGAAAAUAUGUCUGUUACAGUACAUAAAAUAAUGAUUAUUAUUUCUGACUUAAUCAUAUUUUUGCUAUUUUGUGAAAUAGUGCAUACCUUCACCUCUGUGGGACUGGAAAAAAAUGUUCAAAUGAAGCAACCUGAGAAGGAAAAAUCACUUGCUCACAACUCAUGUUCACACUAAGACCACAGCAACGGGUUUUUAUCAUAUUGAACAACCACACAGUUGGAGCUUUUUUGACAAACUUCUCUGCGUUGGUUUCAACAUUCAAUCGUGGUCGUCACCUUUUUUGUUCCACGUCGAGAUCUGACACAUUUAAAAGAGGAACAGAAGCAAAAGCAAACUUUUCUUGACUGAAACUUCUGUUCGUUAUCUGAAACUUCUGUUCGUUAUCAUGGUUUUAAAUUACCACUAGCCAAGCGCUUGUAUAAUUUGACUGUGGCUGGUAAAUGUUUCCACUGCAGCCAGCUGUACUUAAGAUAUCUGUUCUGCAGAUAAAUAUUUGGCUGGUAAAAUGACAGAAACAGCAGGUGGAUUUUUGGAUCUACACCCUUUGCCUCAAAAUGCUGUGUGUGCAUCAGGACCUCGGCCUUUUUUCCUCCUUUUUCUCUUUGUGAUGGACUCAAGCCAGAGCUACAAUCAGCCUCAUAGACACAAAUAAACUGAAACUGAAGCCUCGAGUCCAAAAUCCCUCAACACACUUUGGAUGGGUUCAGUUCCAGGUGAUACUUGGUCCCUUUCUUUGUGUCUUUUUGAUGUCAAAUAUGGAUCAGUCAGGCAUCUGUAGCAGCUGUUAAAGUCCUACCUGCCCCUCAUGGAAAAACCACAAGUGAUUUGAUAAAAUUGAUUUUUUUUUUUUUUAAAUCAGCCUGUAAUGACAUCAUCAGGUAAUAGUAACAAUUAUUAUGUGACCAGUAAUGGAAGAUCGUUAAAAUGUUCUGAAUAAUUUAAGAAUUAGGUUUAAAAAGAGAAGCCUGUUGUUACCAGAAGGUUUAAAUUCCAGGUUUGUCUUAGUAGCGACUGCCAUGGUGCCUUUGAGCAAGGUACUUAACCCACAAGUGUUCCAGUGGCCAACAGUAGAAGACUGUGGUUGCACUGGAUGGCUCCCAGUUUGUACAUCUUUAUUAGUGUUUAGCAAAACGUGUCAUCUUUACCCGGUUUAAUUCAAGGUUCAAGUUUGAGCACAUGACGUCAGCCCAUAACGGUCUGUAAUCCACACAGAGGUCUGAAGCAGAAGAAGAAGAAGAAGAAGCAGAAGAAGAAGAAGGGCACAAAGGAAGCAAAGGAAGGGAGUUUGAGGAAGAGUGGGUCUUAAAAUGUGAACUGAAAUUUUAACUGACCUGCCGUCAACCCGCUACAACACACAACACAGUGCAGCCUGCACUCCUGACAGCCGUUUUCCUCACAUCUGUGCGUCCAGUUCGGGAUGAUGCACAUUGGCGUCGAUUUGGAGCAUCACACACACAUUUUGAAGGAUAGGUUCACAAUGUUUCAAGUCUGUUUUAAAACAACAGUCAGGUGCCCAUAUGAACACUGAAGGAGGUUUUCCUCACUGUAAGUUUAAUUUUUAAAGUUUAAUUUUAUGUUUUUUACAGGAAGAUGCUGCUUUUCCAAAGUGGUGAGCACCUCAUUUGAAACUCUUAAUAUGCUGUCAGCAACAUGUUUGCUACAUAAUGUGUAUCGUCCCAAACAAUAGUCACGGAUGUGUUGAAAAGUUAUUUUUACCUGCUGGAAGUCUGAGGCCAAGAUGACAAGCAGGAAAACUGUCAAAGUUUGUCUGAAAAAUCUUGUUUAUGGUUUUGAAAUUCUUGCUGUAUUUAUAUGAUAUAUGCCUUUUUGUCUGUUUGGUUUAUGUUUGAUAAACUCAGGACCCCAAAAGGCUUUGUAAUAUAAUCCUUUAAAACUUUUUAUCCCACAUUUUAUGUUUGCAUUCGUUGCUUUUUCUAAUGCAGUAGGUCACUCCAUAGAGCUUUUCAAGAACGCACUGUGGCAGUGCAGUUUUAUACUCCUCUCUUUGAUAAAAAAAGAGCUUUUGUUUACAACCUGUAUGUUUUUAUGUGAGCCUGUGCUGCUCCUUUUUUUUUCCCUGUCUGUGCAUGAAUGUGUGUGUGUGUGUAUGAGAGUGUGAGUGCGCACUUGUAUUACAUAUGGUUAGUAUCAAGAAGCUGCCAACUGGGCCAAAUUUUUCCUACAUCACACAGACACACAGGUAAAACACACUCUUUUUAUUUAAAUUUUAACAAAUGUAGCAGUGUUUCCAGCUGAUUUUUUUUUAUUUCUUUACAGAAAGAAAACUUUUUGUCCUCAAGCAAAUUUGAGGACAUUUUCAGUAAUAUUUUUGGGGGGCAGUGGCAGAUCAUUUCUCAGAUUUCAGCUAUAAUGUACAAAUACUAUUUUCAGGACUUUUUUUUUUUUUUUUUCCUAACAAACAAAACAGAAGCAGUGUUAAUGCAAGACACACUGUAAAACAUGAAACCAGCAUAUUUGUCUCAUUUGGAGUGAAAGUGUGUUAAAUGUUUUAGUAAGUAUGAAUGAGAAAAAGACAAAUGUAUUUUGAUUUUUUUUUUUUUUUGAAUGCACAGACACAGACUGACACACAUGCCGAUGUCGGCGUCCUCUGCUGGCUGUUAUUUGUACUGUUACCUGUCUGUCACCACAGACAGUUCAACCUACAACAACACUGAGGUUUCCCUUCACCUUCAUAGGUUCAGAUAGUGAUCUGCUGUUACAUGAUCAUUUCUUUCUAUUGAGAAAUAAACAAUACUGUCUUUCUUAUAUGACGCCUUCCAUUUCAAAAUGCUGAGGUAAAAAUGCUUUCUUUUUGUUUUUAUGUCAACAUUUGACCUUUAAAAUAACCACAAAUCACCAUUAUUGAGGCCAAAGAUAGGAAAAACUUCACUGAUCUUCACUCCUUUUUUGUUAACAGCCAUUGAAGUGUCAUCACAACUUUUUUUAAUGAAUGUCUCAUUUUGGAAUGAACCCUCAUUCUCUGAGUAAAUGUAGUUAUUUGAUUAUUAUAGUAAAUGUCUCAUCUAAGGAUUAUUUGUAGGACUUUGUAGAAAACAGUUUGUGUAUUUGCACCAAUUGUUUGAGCUAUGGAUGUAGAUUGGGAAACCUCAGUCAUUCAUACGCUGGAAAAAACUGACUUCAGAUGUUUCACAGAGCCUUCAGUGGAGCCGACCAGAUUUGUAGCCUGUUGGAAAAUUAUUAAAGAAAAGUAUACGAUCUGUGA